UUGUAAUGUCUCAACUAUUUUGAAAUUUAUUUUAUGUUGGGAGACUUUUUAUCUCGUGAACAGGCUAAUAUUUUACAUCUGUAUUUUCAGAUAUUAGGAAUGGUUUGAGGUAAUGUAUUUUGAAACCAAGGAUGACGAUUAAAUUUAUCAAACCUCGGUUAGUUCAAUAAUCCAGUGCCUGCUUAUUGAAGCAGCAACAAUCGCAACCUAAAUACAGUUCGGAAUAGGCUUGUGGAGUUAUUGUUGAGCGAUUUAGUUUCUCUGCAAUUUAAUAGCUUUCUGAGGAUCUCCAGACAUCUUAACAUGUGGUAGACAACUGAACUGGAAUGUCAUUUGUAUCUGCAGAUUCUUAUCGUUUUUUGAGAUUUAUUUUGCAAUUAUUGAAAUGUUUGCAAAAUUACCAGACAUAAAUAUCAUCACAAGUCCAGCACACAUUACAAAGAGUGGACAUGUUUAUUUGCCCUUAACUUACCGCGAUGGGCGUUUACCAAAGAUUUUAACAAAUAUUUAGCUUCUUGAUUACUCAAUCUCAAUUUCUAUCAUUUUUUCUAUUAGCAAACAGUAAUUUCAGUAAAGCUUGUCUCUUCAUUUUGUAAAAGAAUUAGUGCUGAAGUUGUACUGGCAGUUUAGUAGUUCAUCUCAUCUAAUCUAUAGUUUACUUGAUUAUCGGGCGUGAGACAGAAUACUGUCCCUUUUUCUAGUGUGACUCCAAGCGUUCAAAGAGAAAAACUAAUGCAUGUUUGAACAAAGCUAGUUUCAGCAAAUCGUUCUCAAAUAAAAAUUUUCUUUAAUCAGUCUUACGGUCACCACAUUUGCACGGAGAGGUUCUUUUUCAACGCAAUCUCAAACUCGAGAGCACUUAGCCAGGCUGAAGUAUAUUUAAUAUUAAGCUGUAUGUUAUAUGCGAGAAUCUCAGUUGCCGAAAAAUGAACCAACAAAACAAAAAGUAACCGAGUAGCAGCAGGCACGAUUGUACAGACCAAACUAUAAUCAAUUUGGUUUUGCUUAAUCGGCGUGCAAAACUUACAAACCAUUAUUGGACCAGUAUUUUUGAUUUUCUAUACCUCAGACUGCUUUGAGCGUUUUGUUAAUUUGCUGCUGCGAAGAUACAAAUGAGUCUCGAAAGUUAAAACGAAAACUACUUAGACUGUGGUCCGUUUAAGCUAUUGAGGAUAUUGCUCAUAGAUUAUUAAAAACACCUCCGUUAACAAUUAAUUAACGACUGUAAUAACAUUAUCUAACGGUCUCUUAAUUUUAUAAAACCGCUAGCUACUUCAUUUCUUACGUUUACUGUAACUAUUUUACCUCUGAAUCUAAAUUAAUCGUUGAUUUUUCCCGAAGAUUGCAAAAAAACUUCAAUAAAAAUUGCGUAUUGUUAUUUCGUCAAGUUUUGCCUGAAAUUAUUAUUUGAAAAGCUUUAAUUUUUUUGUAGCCACUUGAGCAUAGCUCUUAGCAUUGCCUCGCGUUCCGUUGCAAAUCUUGAUACUGCGUUAACUUAAGGUCACAUUCGAUUUCUACCAAGCUUCUUGGAGAUGGUUGUAUAACAAAUAAGUCUUCUAGAACAUCUUCUAAAACGCCAUUAGGGAAUGUGUUUAGCACAGAUCCAGUUGAAUUUAUAAUUAAAUCCGUUUAUCAAAUUCAACUCUUCAAUUUGUACAUUACCUUUCAAUCUUCUAUUUUUACCAUCGAGAGCAUUUGAGUCUCUCAAUUUGAAUUGUAGUGUCGUUUGUAUAUAUUAAAAUUGAUCUUCCUACCCAGCUCUUCAAACUUUAUUUGACUAAGCUUAAUAGUCUCUCCGACAUCCUACUUAUUGUCACGGUUGAGAUUUAUAAAAGAAAAGAGAAUUGGACUUCUGUUCUCAUAACUGUUCCAUACCUUGUCUGUGUAACUGUGUUACCAAAACUUAGCUGCAAUUCUUCGUCAAAAGUCUUAUUGAGGGUCACUAAUUACCAGCUGGUUGAACCUUUUAAUUAGCAAUAGCUUCUUGGAAUCCAGAUAUGUUAGAUAUCGAAAUUUUGUUGGAAGACUUAAAUAUUAAGUAAUCCAUUGUUACUUUUUGAAAAUGAAUUUAAUAUCCCUAAUCAGCUGUGUUACAUUUUUUGUCUCAUCUCUUACGCCAAUUACUUCACGCGAAUGCCCUGGAACCUCAAACAAGUUCAGUUCUGCGUCUGGGGGUUACGAAACCGAAGACGAUUCGAAGAAGAACGAAUAUUUAAAACUGCAGAUGAAAUAUUGGAAAGGCGGACAGAAAUGUACACGCAUCUACGGAAAUUUAGAAAUAGCCAACAUCGUCGAAGAAGAGGGGGAAGCUUUCGAUUUUGACUUCUUGAGCGAAGUUAGGGAGAUCUCGGGAUAUCUUCUGAUUUACAACGUAGAAUUGAAGGAAAUAUUUUUGCCAAAUUUGGUAAUCGUGAGAGGCAAUGAGCUUGUUCAUUGUCAGCAUUCUAAUUCUCAAUGCUCCCUGUAUAUACAGGACGACGCCGGCCAUAUGCUUAACGUAAAAGGCUUACAAUCUGUGCGUCUCCCAAAACUCAAAGAAAUCACGCGUGGAGGCAUUUACAUAAAGGCGGAAAAGGCAUGCUUUCUCAGCAUGGUGAACUUCCUUGACAUUAUGCAGACAGCUCCUACAGCUAAAUAUCCUCUGGAUGUUACAACCUCUGGAGAUAAGUGCAAACGACUCAUAGAAUCGGGGUACUUAAUCUGUGGUGCCGAAGAAGUGUCAAGAGUAACAACUACUAUAACUCCAUCCACUACGCUAUAUCAAUCGGGAAACGUAACCACUAUGAUUCCUCCCAUUAACACGACUGUGUAUGUGCGCUCUGAAGGCGGAGAAGGGGCUGUGAUGGAGCCAGUGUGCAAGUAUGGACACUGCUGGGGACCCAAGAAGGAGGACUGUCAGAAUCUGACCCGAUUAGUGUGCAGUAGCAAGUGCACGAGAAGGGGCCUGGAGAGUACGAGGUGUUUUGGUCCCGGGGACUCGGAGUGCUGUGACGAGGACUGUGCUGGCGGCUGUUGGGGAGACUUCAGAUCAGAAUGCCACGCGUGUCGGGUGCUACAGGCGGGCAACGAGUGCAAGACAAUGUGCUCGGAAGUUAGCUACGAUCAGCGCUAUUACGAGACCAGCCGGGAUGAUGAAAAACAGAUGUAUGCAUACCAUUACGAGUGCGUCGAACAAUGCCCAGAUGGGACGUACAUUGAUGAUCUGGAUGACUUCCGCAAGGUGUGUGUGGCCAAGUGUAGUCCAGACAAGAGGGUGGAGGGAAACAGAUGUGUCAAAUGUGACGGACUCUGCGCCAAAGGUUGCAUUAUCCCAGAGAUACCCGAUAUAAUAGAUGUUAAAGACUGCAAAAAGGAAAAGUACAAAAUUGACUACGAAGAUAUACUUAGUGGAGACGAUUGCACGAUCAUCUUUGGUAGCCUCAAACUCGAUCAAACAUUUUGGGCCGGAGAUAAAUUCUGUGGAAUCAAGCCGUUCAACCUGUCCAAAUUGCAUCUGUUCAAAAACAUCAAAGAGAUCACGGGCCUACUGCAUGUCAAUAAAUCCCCAUUGAACAACUUCUCUUUCCUGCGAAACAUCGAGGUCAUCAAGGGUCAAGGAGUCACAGGAGCUGGCUCACUUGUCGUGGGAGAGAAUGAAAAUUUGGAGUUCCUGGGGUUAGCUUCGCUGAAGACUGUGACGAAACUUCCGAAAGGCAACACAAUCACGAUACGAGGCGAUAAGCUUUGCUAUAUCAAUGAGUUCAUGAUCAGAGACUUGAUUGAUCCGCCACCCGACAACUUCACCUUCGAAUUGGGCUAUGUUAUGAAAUCUGACCAAUGCACUAAGACGCUCAAGUUGCACUGUGACGCCGAGUGUGCAAAAGUGGGUGGCAAUGAGGCCUGUUGGGGUCCAGGACCCGAGAUGUGCUACAGGUGUAAACAUUUCAACUUCAACAACAAAACUUGUGUGUCAGACUGUGACACCUCCUCUAACUUCACGACAAAAAUAUCCUCCGAAGUCAAACUGUGCGAAACAUGCCACGAGGAGUGCGAAGGAGGAUGCACUGGCAGGGGUCCUUCAGAAUGCAAGAAGUGUCGCCACUUCAACAACACCGGCGUGUGUGUCAAAAAGUGCCCAGUGUAUAUGUUCCCUUCUGACAAACUUUGUUACCCGUGUCCAGCCGAAUGCGAAACAGACAGGGGUUGUACUGGUAACGCAUCCCGUCUGGGUGAUGGAGGCUGCAACAGGUGUUCGGGGGUGGUGAUGAUCCACUCUGUGGACGAGACAGCGCCAGUUCACAGCAAGGAAUGGGGUCGGAAUAAUACCUGCAUCGCCGCCUCCGAUGAGGAGAUUGAGACGGGGGGCUCAACAAAUCAUAACGACUUGCACCUCUGUGAACCCGAAGGCGAAUACUAUUUCGACCGGCUAGGAAUAUCAGUGGACACCAUCUUUGCGUCACAGAGGCUGUGCAUCAGAUGUGAUGCUCAGUGUGACUCCUGUUAUUCCUCGGGACCCUCCCGAUGCCACUCGUGCAAAAAUCUCAAACAAGAAGGAACAUGUGUCCAAACGUGUGGGGACUCGUUUGCUGAGAUAGACGAUCAGUGUGUGCCAUGUGAUGACCAGUGUGACUCGCAAGAGGGCUGCUUCGGACCCAAUUCAUGGGAGUGCAAUUCAUGCAGGCGCAACUUCUACACCAUCGACUCAACCGACUCAACGCAGAAUAAAUCUAUGGAAAUGAAGAAGUACUGUGUGCGACAGUGCACUGAGGAUUAUCCCCUUUUGGUGCCUGAAACGAGAGAGUGUGUAGCCAGCUGUGGAGAUAGACAGUACAACGACUCAAACGACGAAUGCAUGCCGUGCAACUCGCAGUGUCUGCUGGGCUGCAGUGGUGGCAAGUUGACCGAUUGUGUGGGUGGGUGUCUCAACGUGGAACUGGACGGCGGCUGCUACGAAGAGUGUCCCCCCAACUCAGAAGUGGACUCCACUAACCCCAAAUCAUGUGUGCUCAUCUCAUCUCCAGCACAAUUUCUGCUGUCGGGCACGAAGAAGGUCCCACUGCUGCUGGGCAUGGGGGUGAUCCCGUGUGUGUGUCUCAUUGGAAUUGUCUGUCUCCUGAAGUACAGGACGGCCAAGAAGAAUGCAGUGGCGGAGAAACUGAGCAGAGAGCAGAAGUAUCUCGGCAUGGAUCUCAUCACCAAAGAAGAACCGGCGCCCUACACUCCAACUGGGAUUGAGCCGAGCAAAGGCAAGAUGUACAUAGUGCAGAAACACGAGCUGAAGAGGAUCGGACCCCUGGGAUCAGGCGCAUUCGGCACAGUGUACAAGGGCGUGUGGUGUCCGGAGAACGAUCCCAAAGUGCAGUUGCCAGUGGCGAUCAAAGUGCUGCAGGAUCCAGUGCCAGGCGCAGAACAGACAUUCAUCGAUGAAGCGCAGUUUAUGGCGAGUGUCUCUCACUCGUGUCUGUUGCGACUGCUGGCCAUCUGCAUCACAGAGACACCCCAGCUAGUGACGAGACUUAUGCCCCACGGCAAUCUGCUGGACUACAUCCGCAAAUAUGGUCACGCACUCCCUUCUAGAACAUUCUUCCUAUGGGGCAAACAGAUUGCAGAAGGCAUGGAGUAUCUGCAGUCGAAGCGAGUGGUGCACAGAGACUUGGCUGCUCGCAAUGUGCUUGUGCAGAGCACACGACAGAUCAAAAUCACCGACUUCGGACUGGCCCAGAUGCUUAAACACGGAGAAGAAUCUGUCAAAUUCCAGGGCGGAAAGGUGCCUCUGAAGUGGCUGGCGCUGGAGUCUCUGGUUGAGAAAACGUUUACGCAUGCUAGUGACGUCUGGUCCAUGGGCGUCACCCUGUGGGAGGUGUUCACACUUGGGGGCAGACCGUACGAACAGGUCACAGGAGGCGUGUCUGAGAUGAUCAAAGUGCUCCAGGAUGGAGAGAGACUUCCCCAACCACCUGGUGCUACCCUGGAUCUGUUCGUCGUCAUGCUCAAGUGCUGGCUGGUGGAGCCUAAGAGCAGACUGACCUUCACUCAGAUCAAAGAGGAGAUGUCUAGGAUGUAUGAGGACGCCGACAGAUACUUCGAAGUGCAGCCUUUUUUGAACUCCAGUGGAAGGCUGGAUUCCUCCGUUUCCAAUAGCAACGGUGCCUCGCUAGGGGGCGACUAUGUUCCCAGAACCCUGCCCCCUUACCUGUCGGUAACCGGAGACACUAUCUGUUCAUGGACUUAUGACGAUGAGGCCAUGAGCCGUAGUGGUGUGCAAGGACCCUCUAAAACCUCCACACUUCCGGGGGGUGGGGCGAAUAACAAUUAUAAUCCCCUGGGUGGGGGAAGUUUUUCCAGUUACAACAGCAAAUGUUCCUCAGCCUAUACACAAGAAUCAUACGUGCCUCUAACCUGUAAUUCGUCCUCGGUUAUGAGCGACCGAUAUAAAAUUAUGUCAGCCAAUAACAACAACGUCCCUCAUAUGGACCAGAGCGAACGUGAAAAGCUAUUGAGCGACGACGUACGUGGCAACUACUACCAGCCUUCAAAUGAGAUCCAGGGACCAAUGAGUGCCCAACAGGCCGCAGGAUUCGGCCCCAUCACUGCCGCCAAGUUCGGAGGCUCACAAUAUAUGAACGAGGCCUCGGGCAAAGUGGAAUCGCCUCGCGAAGACCAGGAGUUUAUGCGGGAGUUCCUGUUGGAGCAGCACAAUAUAGACAGCAGCCGCUACUCCAUGGAGCGACCCUACAGUAAGGGGUCGGUGGACUUGCAGAGACCUCUGGUGGACCCUGAAGUGUACUUGGGACUAAACACAGGCGGCACUAUUCCUAGAGGCACUUUAAAUUCACAGAGAAACAACGCUUCCUACAGUCAAGCACCUUCUAAUGGAUCUGGAGGCACCAUCGAAGACAACAACUACAUAAACUCGCCCGCGGCCUCCACUCCCUCGACAGUGGUUGGGCGAACAAGUUCCCGCUCCAAGCCAAUGAUACCCCCUCCCAAACUUCCUCUCGCCUCCUCUCCCACACACCCCGAAGCAUACCCCAUCUCAGCCACUGGUCCCCACAUGGGCCCAAUGUCAUCCUAUAAGAGGGUAUCGGGAGAUGGUUACCCGGCACCCGGGGGAUCAGGGCUGCAACAUAGCUCCACUAACAGCACUGGAUGUAGCCGAGGAUCCGAUGCGGACAAUGUGUUCAACUACGAGCAUGUACCAGACCACCGAAUGAAACAUGGGAUAGAUAGUCUCAGUUACUCCCGUCUGAUGUCUCCGCAACCAGUAUCCUCAGCUCCUCAUGACUACAUCAACUCACCCAUAGAACCACCAUCUGAGGACCCCUUCUUGUCCAGGAGCUACAACGCCGGACACCACAAUCCACUCCCUCAAUACCCCCAGAAUGCGGCACCCUCUUACCUUCACUCUAAGUCAGUCGGGCAGCCGAUGAUGCCGCAAAACUUGGUUCUUAGUCAUAACCCCAUGUACCCGCCCAACUACCACCCCAGCUCGAAUUACAGUCCAGCCACUGAUAGCAACCCCGCAACUCCGAUUAAUCUCAACAACAAUACGUCGCCCUUCUCGGGCUAUAGUUCAAUGCAGCCGCACCCCGCCCAAGUUGUUCAGCCGGGAAUGAACACGAAAGAGCGAGGCAAAAAGAACAGCAAGAAAAACAAUAAAACUUAUCAAGCCAUGAGCAACAAUGCUUCCAGUUUCGUAUGAAGUAACUUUGUGCAUAAAUUGUAAUUGAACUUAUUUAUUGUCCCCUCUUCUCUAACAAUUAUAACAAGUGCAUUUUUAGCAAAAAAACUGCUGUAAUUUUAUUUUUGUAUCUUCUAUUUGAUAUGGAAGUUUUAUUCGCCUAUCUGGCCUUUGUUCAUUGUAGUUAAUUUUUCUAAUUAAA